AUGAAGCGCAAGGCAAAACAACGACCUGCGCCCGAUCCUCGCUCUGGGCUUGUUGGGAGGUACCUUGGCGUGCCGUGCAGCUUCUUCAACGUAAACGUCGAGGGUGCUCGCUACUUGGCGCGAGUCAAGAGCUUGCACAAGUCUCAAAAGUCCAUGCUCUGGAUCAAGUUCAACCAGGGCGGCUACGGCGAGGACGCCUUCGCGCCUCUGGCAGUGGUGAAGCAGUGGCUCAUAUCCGACGACGAGGCGCUCGAUCCCAAGUCAGACUGGUACGAGGACCCAGACGAGAGCGACGACGACUCGGACGUGGAGGAUGGGGACGAGGCGGAGGGUGGUGCAAACGCGAGGCGAGCGCCAGCCGCACGCCGGCGUGUCGAUGAGCCAGGCGCACCUCGCGGCUCGGUCAAAGGCAGCCGAUGGCAGCCGGCGGAGGCGCGGAAAACGCCCCACGCCGUCGACAACAUCGUCUGGAGAAAGGCCACCGGCGCCGUCCCAAGCCACAAGCCAAAGGUCUUCGCGCGGAAGCUGCCACCCGGUGUGUCGGAGGGGCUGCAGCAGCCGCUGCCUAACCACGGACCGGUCAAUGUCGAGCUGUUCAACCGGCAGUGGGACAUUCGAUGCUGGGAGCUCGUCUCGAAAUACAGCAAACAGCGCGUCCGCGACCUGAAGAUUGGAACCGUGGACGCCGUCUCGCGCAAGCCGAAGAUGAAGAAUCGCGCCGACGGCAGCAAGGGGAAGCAGCGCAAGGCACCUUCUAUGUCGGUGCCCUUCCUGAUCCGACUGCACGUCAUCAUCACGGCGAUGUCCAUUUGCCGCCUGCCCGCCCGCAAGUACUACUGGCGCAAGGGCAAGUUCGUCGGCUGCCCCGGCAUCUCUGUCAUCAUGUCGGAGAACGACUUUGCGCAGGGCAUCCGCUGCCUCUACGACUGCGAUCCAUCGAAGCUGGUUCCCCGUGGCGACAUGACGCAGCCGCCGCCUGUGGGCUACGACAAGAUGGCGAAGACGUCCGAGCUGAACGAGCUCGUGAUGGAGAACACGCUCAACGCGGUGUGCCCGAAGAAGACGCUGUCGGACGAUGAGGCGUCGGCCGAGUGGCGGGGCAAGAACGGCGAGGGCGUCGUGGUCUCCUUCAACAAGGACAAGCCAGCCAAGUGGGCGCAGCGCAACCAGUGCUUCAACGGCCUCGACGGCUCGCGUGUGGUGUGGCACGUCCUCAACUGCCCUCGGCGUGUGGCGGCGGAGCACGGCGAGACGUAUAAGUCGACGCUUGGCCUCGCCGCGAAGCUGCACGCAAAGUACGGCGAGGGCUUCGUGAUCGGCCAGGACUCGCUGUACAACUCGCCGGUGGUGGUCGUCGACGGGGCGAAGAAGUUCAAAUUCAACUUCUUCGGCACCGCCGGGUGGAACCGCCGCGGCAUGGUCGAGGACGCCGACGAGCCGGCGGACACGCGCGGGUCGUGCGUCUCCUACUACGCGACGGUUGACGGCGUCCCGCUCACGGCGACGUACAUGCGCGACAACAAGAUCGUCCGGUUCUUGUCGUCGGCGCACGGCGUGCCCACCGCGGUCAACGGCAGCAAGAAACCGCGCUGGAAUAAGUCCGAACGCAAGUACGAGGAGGUUUACAUGCCGCCUGUCAAGUCCAACUACGAUGCGGGCAAGGUGGGCACCGACCUGUUCGGCCAGUACAUGGAGCUGCUGGACACUACGUUCAAGUCUUUUCACCCGUGGAUGGUCCACCACCUUUGGCUGUGGUUCGGAUGUUUUGUCAACGUGCAUUGCUGGCGAAACAGGUUCAUCGAUGAGGGCGUCCGUAGGCUCGCCGGUGCGAAAAAGACGACGCUCAUCGAAGACACGUUGCAGACGAUGGAGGAGCUGCUUCAGAUGGCGGACCGGCUAGAGCGGGAGGGGGCCGCUCGCUCAAAGAAGCGGAAGAGCAGGCCCGACCCGCAGGCGCCGGUGCGCAAGUCGCCACGGCGUGAUCCGGUCGUCAGCCGCUUGGGUUCGCCGACCCGCCACGUGCCCGUCACGUUCACUGAGAAGGGCAGGUGCAGGUGGUGCCGCAAGCUGAUCUACUCCGGGUGCGGCCACCCUGGCUGCGGCCACAUGCACGAAGGCACGUGCUGGAUGAAGGCCCACUCGAACGACCCAAAGAUCCGCGCGAAGCUGAAGGCGCUGUCCUUCCAGCCAGAGAUCGCCGAUGGCACACAGGCGCGACGCGCCCCGCGAUAG